CAUCGCCAUCUCUGACUGUGAGGAUGGCCGGCCUGUACUGGAUGAUGCUGACCUUCUUCCUGGCUGCUCCAAACAGCUCGGCUGCUCUAGACCCUGCUUGGCUUGCCCAGAUUGUAGAGGGCAUCAGGAACGAGUAUUCAUCCAGUGACUCAUUCAGUCUGGCUGCGAACAUCCCACAGAACCAAGACCCAAACAGUCUGGAGCAGGUCCUUCAGCAGGACUCGGCAGAUAAAGUGGAGGAAGCAGUUUCAAAGGGCCAAGUGUACCAAGGCACCAGGGUGGUGGCCGCGGCGCAGUCAGGGGCAAUGCCACUUGUCCUCCGACACAUACAACCCUUCAUUAAAAGCAGCCAAGGCAAUGUCCUGGUAGUUUACUCCGGAGACGCCCCAGCUGCAGAGACAAACGGCAUCGGUGACGUAAUUAGGGAGGUUACUCAGAACUGGCAGGGUUAUGCAUUUGUGUUUUCCAAAGAAGCUCAAUCCCCUAAACAGCUGGAGAUUCCCAACCUUGGCCUCGGUAACAUAUUCCAUUGUUAUGAACCUGAAGGUGAUUCCUUUCAGUGUACUAGCUGUUCUUCUGGUGGAGAUGUUGCAGCCUCGUGUGUUGCGAACACUCAGCGGUUAAGUCAAGAUCAAGGUGCUGCUGGUGUAGAAGCGCUUGGAGAUGUCGCCAACAUAAUCUCCUCCUUGGGCGAUGUAAGAGGGCAUGAAGACAUGGAGGAAGGUGGCAAGAUGAGCAAGUGCAAAGGAAGUGGUGGGAAGGGAUGCAAGGCUAAAGGAGGACGUAGAGGGAGGAAAGGAGGCAAGCGAGGGAAAGGAGGCAAGGUAAGGAAAGGGCGCAAGCGAGGGAAAGGAGGCAAGGUAAGGAAAGGGCGCAAGAGAGGGAAAGGAGGCAAGGUAAGGAAAGGGCGCAAGCGAGGGAAAGGAGGCAAGGUAAGGAAAGGGCGCAAGCGAGGGAAAGGACGCAAGGUAAGGAAAGGGCGCAAGCGAGGGAAAGGACGCAAGGUAAGGAAAGGGCGCAAGCGAGGGAAAGGAGGCAAGGUAAGGAAAGGGCGCAAGAGAGGGAAAGGAGGCAAGGUAAGGAAAGGGCGCAAGCGAGGGAAAGGAGGCAAGGUAAGGAAAGGGCGCAAGCGAGGGAAAGGACGCAAGGUAAGGAAAGGGCGCAAGCGAGGGAAAGGACGCAAGGUAAGGAAAGGGCGCAAGCGAGGGAAAGGACGCAAACGUAAAAGAGGAGGUAGAAGUAAGCGACGGGGGAAACGCAGGAGCAAGCGACGUGGAUGAAUCAUGACUCAGGUCAGAAAACCGGCAGAGAAGUAGAAUUUACCGAGACAAAAGGCUUCGUUCUUUUUUAGCCUGCUUACUAUUUGAUUUUUUUCAAUGCUAGCGUUUGUAAAGAAAUUGUAAAUUACAAAUUGUAACUAGUGACAUCAUCAAGUGACAUAUCUCCUUCCUCUGUGUGAAGAACUAUGUUCUCUCAUUACCAUGAACACACACUGUAGCUGAAGCUGAACAAUCCUCCCGUAAAAACGCGGUGAAACCAAAUGUAACGUAGUUCUUUAUGAAAUGAGUGACAAUUAAUUUGAACAGAUAAGUUUGUUAUUUACAGCGAUUUAUUUUAUUCAUGAAUAAAGCACAGAGUCAAAAGCCAGUUUUCAUUUAAAUGGGAUGUUUACUGUUGUGCAUCAUUUAUUUUACUUUAUUACUGCAAUGUUCCUGCAUUCUGUUGUUUGUGAUUAAAGCUAAGCUAA